AUGGGAAAUCACGAGUUUCUCGUGUUCGGCAUUCUCCUAAUGCUCACUUGUGGCACGGCGGCCAUGUAUCAGUUCUGCAUACAAUGCGUCUCGGGAAGAUUUGUGAGUUAUACUUAAUCUAGCACAAUUAAACAGAACAUUUCAGAUGGACAGAAGAUGGCUGUUCCAGGAUCACUUUGGUGGCGUGGAAAUCCAAUGGAGAAAGAAUUGGAGCGGUACGGAUUGUGCUCGGGGCAUCGCAAACAAAGCUGGCUGCCUUUACCACUCAUGCGUUCAAAUCAUUGUGGAGAAGUACUACGCCGGUAAACUCUACUAUGACGGUAAAACCCACUUCUUAGCAGCAGACCACAUUUUAUCUUAAUCUCGAUUUUUCAGGCAUGUUGAUGGACUGUAGUCAAAAUCUAAUUCGAUACACUGUCGAUCUGCCAUAUGGAACGAAUUGGGGGAACUACUUCGAGACGGGAGUUUUCGAGACGGACAGACGCGGCUUCAGAAUCACACACAACUUCACAAUGGACCAUCCGAGGAUCCCGAAUCUGGCUAAGGCAAUGGUCAACUACACCCAAGUCAUAAAUCCGUUUGCGAAGAGCGAAGAGUUCACCACUUUCUCCAUCGUCGUCUACGUUACCGGUGUCGUUCUCCUCACGGCCAUGGUCAUUUUCGUCCCGACCAUGCUGAUCUGGUCUUGCAGACAGAGGGUAAUCCGAAAAAAGAGAAUUGCUUGCCUGAUAUUGUUUCGCUCUUUCAGAAUGCCGAACUGCGCAGACCGAACAACCUUUCCCGAAGUGGCAUCCCGCUGCACAAGUUGAAACGCCGUAACGCUGGUACUGCUUCGGACUCUCAGCGUCGUGCGCACUCGCCUGCAAUGUCAUCCACGUUGGACAGCCCACAGGAGGUCGGCACGCCUGUCUGA